AUGGCCGUCAUUCGGCCUUUGUACAAUGACUCCAUGAUCAUGACAAGAUCCGUGGUGAGGCUUCCCGGUCUCAUCGCGCAGCCUCGCCACUUUCCCUCAGUCAUCCAAGUGGCACCGUGGAAGAGAUUCGCCAGAUACCAGGCUUUUGAUGCCGCGUUCGAUCCUGAGGAUCUAGCAGAAGCCAGAAGAUGGCGGCAGGCCUUCAAUGAGGAUGCUCUACCGAGGGGCAGCACAACCUUUGCCAGGUCAAGUGGUCCUGGAGGACAACAUGUGAACAAGACUGAGACCAAGGCAAUCACCACCUGGCCCGUGUCAGAGCUGAGCCAGGUCGUGCCGAAGCUCAUGCGUCCUCUGCUGCGUUCCUGCAAGAACUACGUCAAGGGAAAGGACUGCAUCUCUUUUCAGGCGCAGACGAAGCGUGACAGGAACGCAAAUGCCGAGGAGAAUCGGGCCAAGUUGCUAGAAGAGCUGCACAGGAUGUACAGUGACGCUGUGCCCGGCGACACAAGCGCUGAGAAAACACAGAAGCACAAGGCAUUGGAAAAGUCAUCCCGGGAAUCUAGGCUGAAGGCGAAGAAAUUUCAGAGCUCGAAGAAGCAGUCCAGAAAGGGAGGAGGCUCCGAGUAG